AGCUAAGAAUAUACAUAUAUACUCAUUGAUUCCUCACUUUUUGGGUUACCUAUUUCUUCCAUUUUCGAAUCUUCCAUUGCUUUCUCUUCGAUUUACGUUUCGGUCGACUCCAAGAUCUACACGAAAUUCCAGUGUUGGCAAAUGCAAGUGCUGAUGCAAAUUGGGUAGGUUCAUUUGUGGAGGUACCUCUGAAACUUGGGAAGCUGUGAUAAUGGAUCACGAUGGAGGGAGUUCAUCAACAGUAAGUGCAGGAGUGCCGGAAAUUCCAGGACGCUCGACACGACAUGGUGGUUUUGCAGCAUUCUAUCAGUUUACACAACAGAACCUUCCAGCAUGUAAACCUGUCCUUACACCUGCAGCAGUCAUUGCUACAUUUCUAUUGAUGGGUUUCAUUUUCAUUCCCGUUGGACUUGUUACACUUCGUGCCUCGAAUAGUGUUGUUGAAAUUGUGGACAGGUAUGACAUUGAUUGUGUACCUGAAGAAUUCAGAAAUAACAAGGUUGCAUAUAUCAAAGAUGACUCAAUCUCCAAAAACUGUUCACGAUUAUUAAAGGUACUUAAGCCAAUGAGAGCACCAAUUUAUAUUUACUAUCAGCUUGAUAACUAUUACCAAAACCACCGACGGUAUGUCAAAAGUAGAAGUGAUCUGCAGCUCUUACAUGGACUUGGAUACAAUGGCACCAGUUCUUGUAAACCUUUACAGUCCUCUGAUAAUCUUCCAAUUGUACCUUGUGGGUUGAUAGCUUGGAGUUUGUUCAAUGAUACAUAUCAGUUCAGUCGUGGGCCAUCCGAAUUGAAGAUCAAUAGGAAGAACAUUGCAUGGAAGAGUGAUCGCAAUCACAAAUUUGGGAAGCAUGUUUACCCAUUUAAUUUUCAGAACGGGACCUUGAUUGGGGGCGGAAACCUGGAUGCAAGUAUUCCUCUCAGUGAUCAAGAGGAUCUCAUAGUUUGGAUGCGGACUGCUGCUCUCCCCAGCUUCCGAAAGUUGUAUGGUAGAAUUGAAGAGGAUUUGGAUGCAGAUGAUGUUAUAGUAGUGCACCUAAAGAAUAACUAUAACACUUACAGUUUUGGUGGAAAGAAGAAGCUUGUUCUGUCAACAUCAAACUGGCUUGGUGGAAAAAAUGACUUCCUCGGAGUUGCCAAUUUAUUUGUUGGCACCUUUUGUUUACUGAUCUCCAUUAUCUUCCUGUUGCUUCAUGUGAAAACUCCUAGACCUUAUGCGGACACGACCUACUUAUCUUGGAAUAGGAAAAGCACUGCUAGCUGAUGAGGUACGUGGUACACCGGUUCUUAGUGAGACUCAAUAUACAUAUUCUUGAGUAAAGCUAAUAGCAUUUAAUUGUAAAUGGUAAAGCAGAGUAAACAUUUGGGUUUUUUUUUUUUUUUUUUUUGAAAACAAACAUAUGGGUUUAACUGCAAUGGAAAUAAUCCAAAAGGAGUGAGAUAGUACUGAGGAGCAUGGGUGAUUUGAAAGAGGUCAUUGUAUUAAACCUGCCCG